AUGGCAGAAAUACCCCUUUAUCUAUCCAGCGUCAGUAUAACUGUCACACAUGAUAUGGACUCUGACAAGCUCUCUGGAAAAGAGAAGGAAUAUGAGUGUGUGGAGCUUGGUGAUCUGGACAGAAAAGAGAAGACCCCACGCCGCAUUAUUCAUUUCUCCAGCGGGGAGACCAUGGAAGAAUACAGCACAGAUGAGGAGGAGGAAGACAAAACACAGAACUCAAAGAAAGACCUUCUGUCCUCCAUAGACACAUCCAAGCUGGCUUGGGGCCCAUAUGUCUGGUUUCAGAUGUGGAGAGCAGCUACAUCCACUAUAUCCGCUUGUGACUACCUCGGUGAGCGAAUGGCAUCGCUUUUUGGCAUCACCUCAGCUAAAUACCAGUAUGCCAUAGAUGAAUACAGCCGGUCAAAGAGGGAGAAGGAAGAGAGAGGUGAAGAUACACGGCUCAAAAAGCCAGAAUUAAAAAAAAAAAAAAUUCACACCAUCGCAAAACUCGAUCUGCGCUGGUACCUGUGGAAAGGCUGUGAGAGAGCAGGAAACAUGACAUACUCCCACAGUUGA